GCAUGUGUCUUUUUUGAAUUAUGGUUUUCUCUGGGUAUAUGCCCAGUAGUGGGAUUAAAUUGCAACAUUUUGACAACAUGAUCCUGCUCCAUCCCAGUUUAGUGUGACUCUUCCUUUUUUUUUUUUUUUUAAAUUGGUGAAUUCAGCAUUGAAUUAAAUUCUGCAUUGUCAGGCAGAUGACCAAAACGGUUUGAAGAAGGAUUUGACUUAGCUUUGGUCCACCAUGUAUGAACCUGGAUCACUUACAUAAAAGAACCCUUUUUUCUCAGACUAGCAGAAAUUGCUGAUUAUCCUCUUGCCUCUUAAAUCCCCAAAUUGACUGCUGUGUCCCUGGGUUAUAAUAUUUGUAGAGCAUGGAGAAAAGUGAACUCGCCUUCCUGGGAAUGCCUGCAUUUGCCAAUUCAGCUUCUUUUUCUCCUCAUCCCCCAAAUCUUAGCGCUCAGUGAGGGUUGGUCAGGGACUAGGGGCAAGGAAAAGUAGAUCAGUGAGAAAGAAGCCAUUCUCAGUGAUCACUUUGUUAGAGUAUAUGAUGUUGUGCUCGGUGUAAUGUUUUGGGUUUAAUGCUGCCUUGCACAAGGAACUUACAAUCUUAUAAGAAGAUAAAAGUAGGCAGGUGCUGAUUAGAAACACUGUCUUGAGUAGCAUCCAUAAAAGGAUGACUCAUUAGGUUGGGAGGAAAUUGGGCAGCCUAUGUUGCAAUUUUGAUAAUUUAGCUUGAACUUUCACAAGAUUAUUUUUGGAUUCCUAAUAAUUUUGUUGCAGUUCCACUUAUUCAGAGAUGACUGCUGAUAAAUUUUAUUUGGAAAUGUGGAAUAUUUCCUUUGCCCAUUAGAGCAAGGGUUCUUGACUGUUUUGCUCAUGGCGGUACCUCCAGCACCUAGACCAGUGCCCUGGCACGCUGUGGGCAUUCAAUAGGUGUGGAAUGAAUGAAUGAAUGAAUAAGUACACUUAUGCCAUGUACUCUUUCUGUAGAGCUGCAGGUGUCACCUAACUCUCUCUUGUUAGGUAGGUUCAGACCAGAGUUGCCCAGGAGGGGCUGAGGAUGCCCCUUCCUCCAGUUUGAUUGUCAAAAUUAAUAAUGCUGCAUGUGUUUUGGGAUGGUCGGCGGUUGCCAGGGAACUGAGGAAAUGAAAGGAGGGCGUUGGAAGCAGCCUCUUCUUUCUUGUGCCUCGAUGUCCAGGCCUGCCUGUCUGGCAGUUCGGCCUGUAUGUGAAGGUAGCAGCAAGGCAUGGGAUAGACUGGAUGACCGUGUCUUGAGAAUACAUAUUUGCUGAAGAAUGGCUCCCUAGUCCCCAAACACCUGCAGCAGCAGAAGCCACUUCACCCCUCUUCCCUUCUGCAAAGCAAUGAGGCUGUGAGUCAUUUUUCUGUGAGCCUCCAGGAAAUGGCCCAGCUGGCUUGGCUCAUUCAUUUCCUUGUCAGGAAAGUCGAUGUGACCUUGACCGUCAGUAGACCUGCAGCAAGCACAUUUUGUGUCUGGCUGGAUUCACUAAGUACUUUUGGCAACUCACCUUGCUGUAAGUGUUAUGUACUGCUAAUUUAUUGUCCUAGGUGGAGGUGAAAGAUACUAAUUUGCAAGAAUCAUUUCUGACUUACCUGGGUCUGCUCAGCACAGUGCCAGUCCCAUGGGGGCCUUUGAUAAGUAUCACUGAAAGAAAAUUGUUGCAGAAAGUAAAAAGAAAGGAGAUAUACUUGCUUUGAGUGACAGAAAUAUAAUUAUUAGAAAGUAACUUUGGGUUCAUAAAGUUCCUCUGAAGAUUGUUCUCCUUGAGAGUCAUUUCUGCAAGUCCACAUCCAAACACGGACCUUAGCUAGUGUUGUCCUUGGUGGAGGAUUCAGGACUGGAGGGAGCGCCUGUGACCUGCUGUUGAGGGAACAGUGGCCAGACGAGAGUUGGCUUAUACCACUGACUGGGAGAAGUCAGAUGAGGACGCCAACCUUAUAGAGAGCCGUUUUCUCCAUAAACUGAGCUUAGAGAAGAAAGCCUGACAAACCUAAGGUGGUGAACUUUUCAGAAGCAAGAGUUGGUUUAAAUAUAGAUGAUCUGCUUCACUGGCAACUUGGAGGCAGCCGUGGGACUUGUUGUACCUUUUGUAAGACAAGUGAGGAAAGAUGUUGGCACCUGUACACACAGUUUGUUUAUGAAAUAUAAACUCUCCUGUCAAAGCGAGGGCUUGAGAGGUCAGCGCCCAAGGUAGCAGGUCCUGCCUUCGCUGGGGGAGGGGUGCCUCUCCAACCUGUCUCUGUGAAUUGCAUCCAUCCCUAGAGAAAGUUGAAACAACCAGGCCAGAGUGCACUUUUAUUGAGCACCAGCUCUGGCAGGGGUGGGGGGAGGAAAAGUUUCUGUGAAACUGACAGCCCCUGGCCUCCUUUUCUUUCCCAAGGAGGAGAAACAAGACCUUGGGAGCUAUUAGAAUCCAGUCAUUAUUCAGAGAAGUGUAGCUCUGUUCAGCCUUAGAGCCUUGAUUUAUGUACAGCCCAGCCUGCUCAGAGCCGAUGGGAGCGGGCAGCGGGCAGCAGCCCCCAUCCUCCUCCUGCUGUGGGCUCCAGCCCUAGGUGGGUCCAGGGCAGGCCUUCAUAGGUUUGCAGCACAUCCUUCUCAGUAUUCCACAGCAGCAGCUGUCUGGAGUUUUUUCUGCCGUGCCUGAACUGAUGUCAUUUCCCCCUUGGCAGACAGCUUCAGCUUUGCUGCGUCUGAGAUAUGUCACGAGAAAGUGGGGGUGGGUCGGAGCCAGGCGGGGGGGUGGGAGGCUGGUGGGGGGAAGCAGUGAGGAGAGCAGGAGGCAGAGUGCCUGCUUGGUCCCAGGAGUCUGUUUACUUUCUCUUCUUUGCUAAGGAAGGCCGGUUAACCGGGACUGCUGAGUACCAGGCCCACCAGGGAAAAUUUUGCUCAUUCCAAGACCGUAACUUUUAAAAAGCCCUUUUUUCCCAACGUUAGUGUGGACGAUGCUCUUGCAGGAUGCCUUUCCUUUUGGGUCUUAGACAGGAUAAGGAAACCUGCGUGGGUACCAACAAUCAAAGCUACAUCUGUGACACAGGACACUGCUGUGGACAGUCUCAGUGCUGCAACUACUACUAUGAACUCUGGUGGUUCUGGCUUGUGUGGACCAUCAUCAUUAUCCUGAGUUGCUGCUGCGUGUGCCACCACCGCCGAGCCAAGCACCGCCUUCAGGCCCAACAGCGGCAACAUGAAAUCAACCUGAUCGCCUACCGGGAAGCCCACAAUUACUCAGCGCUGCCAUUUUAUUUCAGGUUUUUGCCAAACUAUUUACUACCUCCUUAUGAGGAAGUGGUGAACCGACCUCCAACUCCUCCCCCACCAUACAGUGCCUUCCAGCUCCAGCAGCAGCUGCCUGCACAGUGUGGCCCUACAGGCGGCAGCCCCCCGGGCGCCGACCCCACCAGGGGCUCCCAGGGGGCUCAGAGCAGCCCCUUGUCCGGGCCCAGCAGAAGCAGCACGCGACCCCCGAGCAUCGCUGACCCUGAGCCCUCCGACGUGCCAGCAGACCCAGCAGCCACCAAAGCCCCCGGGAUGGAGCCCAGCGGCUCUGUGGCCGGCCUGGGGGAGGUGGACCCUGGGGCCUUCCUGGACAAGGAUUCCGAAUGUAAGGAGGAGCUGCUGAAAGAGUACAGCUCCGAGCAGGGCGGCGCCCUCCCUGACAGCAAAGACAAGACGCCCGGCAGACGUCGCCGCUUCACAGGUGACUCGGGCAUCGAGGUGUGUGUGUGCAACCGGGGCCACCAUGAUGACGACCUCAAAGAGUUCAACGCGCUCAUCGACGAUGCUCUGGACGGGACCCUGGACUUCUGCGACAGCUGCCACGUGCGGCCCCCUGGCGACGAGGAGGAAGGGCUCUGCCAGCCCUCCGAGGAGCAGGCCCGGGAGCCCGGGCACCCUCACCUGCCGCGGCUGCCUGCCUGCCUGCUGCUGAACACCAUCAACGAGCAGGACUCCCCAAAUUCCCAGAGCAGCAGCUCCCCAAGCUAGAGCAGGCCCUGCCUGCGCCCGAGAACUUGGCGACGCAACCAGGGUAGGGGAGAACCAUGAGAGAAGCAUUAAGUGACUGUGUUCCUUUUUUUUUCCCCUCUGCUCCUGCGUUUUCCUGCAUCUCCAGGUACAGUUUGGGGUGUGGGUGCCUCGCCUCCCAUAGAUACAGUGUCACGGAGGGCUGAGAAGUUGUCCUGUGACUCAUUCCUCAUACCCCACCCCGUCCCCCUUUAUCUCUUUUCAAGUCACGUGUCACUACCUGCUUGGGUCAGAGAGAUGUGCGUUUCAGAAGCCCCCAAGGAGGGGAUGAGACUGUGCCCUGAGGUGACUCUUGGUGAUGGAGUGGAUUCAUGUUCUGGUGUGAGUUGAUGAGAACCUUGCUGCUUCUCAGUCUGAGACAGGUGGCAGGUCUCAGCCCUGGAUGAAGCCCCAGUGGUCCGGGGAUUGUCACCCCUCGCUGCCAGCGUCUCCGGAGCCGGAAUUGGGCUCCUCCUGUGGGAAGAUGAGAGCUGACCAGCGGUUGCGUGGCGGGUUGGUAAAGGGCUUGUGCUCUCAAAUUCCAGGUGACAAGAUCGAGGUGGCACGAUGCAUCCGGGAGGGGCCCCUUCCCAGCAGGUCCUGGCUGGCCGCAGACUGGUUCAAGUGUGGAAGAUUAUACCUGCCUUCUCUUUGGUUUUUUUCUUUAAAGAAAAAAAACAACAACAGAAGUGAGCUGAAAAUAAGAACUUGACCAGUGGGCAGGCAAGAAUUCUGUUUUGGAAAAGGAAAAUUUGUGGCUUUUUCCCAACUUGGCCUUCAAAGAGUCCUGGCUGCAGUUGAGCCAGAAGGAGAUGUUUUGUGUGCAGGCUUGGGUGGGGGCUAUCUCUGGAACUUCUGCGGGUGAGCAGAAGGCCCUGCGCUGUGGCAGUGGAUAGAGGUGCAGCUUUCCGCAUCUCUGCCCUUUUGAUCUGUGCCCACAGGUGAUCAGUACCCUCCCCCAUCCCAAGUACACGUCUGCCGGCCUUCACGUCUCACUGUUCUCUAUGAACAAAUGAGGAGGCUGUGGGACCUGAGAAAGGGCGGUCCCACAGCCUGACUCUCACACAGUAUUUUCUCUUGAUUCUAAGUUGUUUUGUUUAUUUGUUUGUUUUUUCAAACUGACCAUUUGGAAAAAAUGCCUUGGUUAUCUGUGGUUUUCGUGCCCUUUCCCUGCUCCGCCCCGCCUUGAGUGGGGUAACUAAUUUUUGUAGCCUAUGUCAAGUGUCUAAGUGGCCCAGGUAGGAGGGCGAAGGCAGCCAUCCUGAAGGACCACAGGAUCCUUAUUAUUGUAGUUUGGCUUCAAAAACCAGUUGAGCUUUGAUAGGAAUAAUCUGAAUGGAGAAAGCAAACUGCUGAAACUAACAUUCCCUGUCCAGCCCUGUUCAUAUGAAGAGUUUGGUUCUUCCCCCACUCUUGAACGAUGACAUUCAGGCUAGGCAUUGAUGUUAUGGUAAGAAAGGAAGGUAUAUAUAUGUAUAUAUAUGAAUACACACAUAUAUAUGUGUAUGUGUGUAUAUAUGUAUAUAUAUACACACACACACACAAAAUAGACAAACCCAAGGCUGUGAGGUGAACGAGUGUCUGAGUUUGGAGUCCACAAAACCAAAAUCCAUGUUGAACAAAGUGCAGUCCGUAUACAUUGACUUUUUGGAUAACCUGUGUGUGUCUGUCCGUUGUGUGUGAGCCCCCAGCCCUGUUUUCCUAUGAAUACACUUUGAACGGCAGCCACUCUGCUCACGUGACCCACACGUUUGGAGCAGGUGCAGCCCUCUCAAGGUAAUUUAUUUUACGCAUUUACUGUUUACUGAGCAGAUGUCUGACUGUGCGCUUGGGCGUACUCAGCGGCGCUGUCGGCGGCAGUCCCCACGUUUGCCAGAGACGCUGUGCUCCAAGUAGAGGUUUUACUCUACCCAUCACUGCAAUUUGCACAUUGCUCCGUGGACACUCAGAGGCCUGUGUUCUGCUCCCUGUAAACGGAAACGUGCUCUGAGCCUGUCUGCCUCCCUCGGCUGCUCCUGGCCCUCGGCCUCAGCCCCCGGGGGUGUCCACAACCAAUCGGGACAGAAGGCCAGGGUGGAACCUCAGACAGAAGCUGGACUGGAUCUUCAGUGUCAAGCUCGGACUGGCUGUGGCCCAGACGUCAGCCCUGCCCAGAAUUGCCAGGAGGGUUUGGCGGCCACCACAGUGCCAUAGGGCUUACCUCCCUGUGCUGAGGUCCAGCACGUGGCCGAUGUGUGGCGAGAGUGGGCAGAAGUGUGCCACAGCCCUCAGAUGCCUUUCCUGCCACCUUUUGGUUUUUGUUUUUUGUUUUUGUCUCAAACAACUCACUGAAGUGUCUCAAAGGAGAUCAAGUUUUACCAAAAUGAACCCUGCUUGAGUUAACUGGUCGAAGGGAUGGAUUCUGGCCCUCUCAGGAUUCCUUCUCCAGUCAGAGUGGGGAACUGGUCCACGUGUUUACUGCUGGGUUCACUGCAGCAUCCAACCCAAAAGGCACAAGAAGAAGAAAACGCAACGGGUGGAGCUGGGCUUGAGUCCAGCGUCACAGUCUGGCCCCUGCUACAUGAGGCUACCCUGCGUGACGUAAGGCGGAAGUAGGGAGCUGAAGGACUCGGGAGGGGGCCGGGGAGAUGUGAGGGAGCCUGGUGUUCCAGGAACGAGAAGAAAGGGGUUGGUCGAGGGUUUGGUGCUACAGUCGGAAGAUUUGCAAAUGCUAACACAUUCCCGUGUGAGGCACAUCACCUUUUGUCAGUUAUUGUGAAUAUGUGUAUUUUAAGCAAUAAGAUUCAGCUGGUCAGACUUUUCUGGGCAGUCUCGGUGACGCAUUUCCUGUGCUGUGAUUGUUCUGAAGACGGAGUGGCUCUAACCACUGUGAGAAGCCCAAAUAAAAUCGAUCCCCGAAACUCGA